AAUGACACACAGUCACGGUGUUCAUUAGAGACGUUUCCAUAGAGAAACUUCUUCGCACGCGCGGUGUCGGUCUGUAGCGCGUGAGUGAGAGGAGCUCGGAGCUGCAGAGAUGCGCGCGACACUUGUAAGCAUUAGCAACACGCAGUACACCGAAAACAUCGGGCAGGAUACGUUUGCGGUGUGUUUACCGCCUGAUGUGAUCGAAACACGCCGGGGGUUCGUGGUUUACAGGAGUCGGAGGAAGGCUAAAAAGAAAUGCUGCAGUUUGAGACAUUGCUUCUGAGACAGUUGCAGAAGCAGCAGAACAGGGAUGAGUUCUGUGACACUGUCCUACAAACUCAAGGUGUGUCAGUGCCAGUACACAGCUGUGUGCUGUCUGCCUUCAGUCCUAGGCUCUACGGCACUCUAUCCUCCAUGCCAGUACCCAUGACUGGGCAGAGACGGCUAAUUGAGCUCCAGGCUGUGGAUGCCUGCACGCUGCUCAGCCUGGUUAGUCUGCUCUACUCAGGUCAGUUACAUGAGAACAGAGAGCAGGUCCUCUCAGCUGCACAAACAUUGGGCAUCGAGGUACCUCAGUGGCAAGAAGAAGAGAGACAUGGAGGAAAAGUGGGAAGAAGAAAAGAUCCUGACCAAGAGGUAGAGAAAGAGGUGGAUGCCAGAGAGUGGGAUGAUAGGAUGACCAGAAGAAUGGAAGAGGGCAGUGGAGGAGAGAAAGAGAAGAUAAGAGAGAGCAGUACACAGACCGAGUGUGGGAGAGAAACAGAUGAGAGAAGUGCACAAACAGAUCUAGCAUGCUCAGAGCAUCAAAGCAUCCAGACUGUCUGUCUGAUUGACCAGUCGACAUGCUCAACCAAUCAGGAGCUUCUCGGUUACAUGGAUAUCCAUGAUCCGGCAUUAGCAUUGCAGGUAGUCUGUCCAGAAAGGAAAUUGACCACUUGUGAUAUGUUAGCCAAAGCCCCUGAGACAGGAGACUGCCACACAGUUUGUGAAUCUGCCUGUGUGUCCCAAAUCUACUUGUAUUCCUUGGAAACCUCACAACACCAACCUUCCACUUCUGUCACUCCCCACCCUCAUAAUUCCUUUUUGGACCAGUCAGUGGUUGUGCCAGCUGCUGGAGCUGAUGCUAUAAAUGAUCUAACACGGUUUGAAGGAAACAUACCUGGUUUCAUUAGCUACUUUCUGGGUUCCACCAACUCUCAAAAUAUAGAGAGAAGAGGACAGGGCUGUGCAAGGGAAGAGGCCAGAGACGAGCAAGUGGGUAAAACAGCAAGAGCAAGGUCAACAGGUGGAGUGUCAGUGAGAGAAUGGCCAAAAUGGAUAGGAGGAAGAGGAGGAAUGAGGAAAAGGCGCAUAGAAAGGUGGGGUUUGGUGGCAAGGUUAGCAUGGUGGGGUCAGGGUGGGGGUAGAGUUGGCAGAAUGCUGGAAACCAGAUCAACAGGGAAGAAUCCAAUGAGAGUGUUCCGGAGACGGCAAGUCAGAGAGGCAUUGGUGGAGGCAGGAGAGGCAAGAGGAAGAGGCAGGCAAAGGCAAAGAGGCAAGACAGGCACAAUUGCAGGCAGUGAGGUGCAGAAUGACCCUCCACACAGUCGCAGGCCAAGAGGCUGUCCUCGUUUACGCCCACUUCUUCCUGCUUCGCGCAGUUUCUCAUCGAUGAUGCCAACUGAACUGGGCACUGUGGAUACUACAGAACUUGACCUGUUACACACGGUGACCCCCACACCAGCUGCUCAGAUGGAGCCCGUUCAGUCCAUUGACACAUUCCUAGAUGACCUCGUGACAGGCCUCCAUUUUCUACCACCAGAAGACAAUCAAACCAAUCAACAGGACCUCACGAGUUCCACAACUUCCAGUGAUCCACCCAUUUUAAAGGCCAUGUAUCCCAACAGUCAUUCCGUAAAACCCACAGAUCCAAAGCAGCAUCUGGAAGGUGAACUCUGUGAUAUACUCGAUCACUUUCUGAUGACCUUUGAGCAGCAAGUUGGUUGCUGUGGUUUAGAUUUGGGAGAUGAGACAUUGACAAAUCAGAGCAGUGACAAAUCAGACCCCAGCACAGAUCCAUGGAAGAACACUCCUAAAACAUAUUCACAGCUACAACCUCACAACCCACACCUACACCAUCAAAAACCACAAGCAAACUUUUUAUACACCUCAAGUACACUGAGCACUCAACCACAAUUUACACCCAUGGUGAACCCAUCAGUAGCGGAGAACACCAAUGGCCGGGAUGGCCAAAUACAUGCGGCAGAAGUGCAGAAACCAUCCACAGAUCAGAACAUUAUGCAACAGUUUGAAAACCGAAGGUUGACUCGGAGCCAGAAGAGAAAACUGGAAACGGCCUUAAUUAGCCUCCAAACCCCGGUUAAGACGAAGGGCAUAGAAAAACAGGGCGCUGACACAAAGAAGAAGGGACAAAGGGAUGAUCUCGGGCAAUCUGAAGCAUGUGUGAACAAAAGUGGAGUCAAUAACUUGGACAAAAACAACAAAUAUAGCGCUACAAAAGCUUGCAGCAAAGAAAGACAAGCAGGUGCAAGACAGAAGAGACAAGAAGUGAACAGAUUAGGUAGAAGGAAAAGGAGUGUUGAAAAUAGAAGUCACCGAAUGGAUGGUUUUUAUGAAAGUAAGAAGAGUCCCCAAAAAGGAAGACCAACAAUUCAUGGUGGUGGUAAGAGGAAGAAGAAUGUUGGAGAAGAUCAUGAAGAGACAAAGCAUAUAUCUAAUGGUUAUCAGGCUUGUCAGUCAUCUGUAAAGAGCCAAAUAGGAGGAAACUGUAUUGAGAUAGCUUCUUCAGCUAUGGAGAAGGUGAGAAUGCUUCUACAGCUCCAAAGUGAGGAAGAGGAUGUAAGCGCAAAUGAGAGUGUUGGAAUAUAUGAGGAAAAUAAGGUUGGAAAUGGGAGAUUGGUCAAUCAUAAAGAAAGACUUCCUGUUGAAAACAGUUUGCAAGGUCAUCUGGGAGAGAUGCAGAAGCCAGCAGACGAAGGGAGAAUAGCAGUUAAUGGAGAUGGGCAGGCGAGAAGAAGCAGUGUAGUAGAAGCGAGCCAGAGGCAUGAGGACGAAGAAAGAAUGGCCAAUGGACUGAGGCCUUUCCGGCUGAAUCUACCUUCAAAUGCAGGCACCAUGCACAAAAUGGCCGACUUAACUUUGGACAUAGGAUAUGCGCCUGGGCUCACGUCUACCGCACGACUCUCACACACGCAAGCUUGCCAAGAGCUCCUCGGCCCACACACAUCUACAAAAGACUUGCUGCAGUUGGCAGGGAGUUCUGUGGAUGAAGACGAAGAUGUGGAUGUGCUGGAGGUGUCCAGCCUAAACUCUGCGCUACCUGCUGUGUCGACUGUGAUCUUGGGGGUGGAUCUGAGCACUGAGGAGGAGGAGGAGGAUGAUGUGGAAGAAGAUGUCGAGAUUGAUGUGCUUGGUCUAGAACCAGAUUAGCCAUGCGGAAUAACUUCUGCUGUUCCAGACCGCCAUACACUCCACAGAUCUGCUGUGAUGAGAGUUAAUGGAGGGAACAGGUAUAGAAAUCAAGUCCUGCAUGUUUUUACAUAUCAGUCAGGUUCGCCACACCUGAGGUUAGAUGUUGGACUUCACGUCAUGUCUGUAAUCACACAAAAAGGUUAAAGUUUUAUUUGUUUUAAGUCAGAUCUGCUGAACAAGUCCCUUUAUUCCAUCUGGUUUCCUUUUAAGACUGUAGUGGCAGAAUGAGACUGGACAAGGUGCAAAGAUUUGUAUGGCCGGUUUAAUCAUUUUGGACUUUUGCGGGCGAGGACAGUUUAGUUUAUUAUGUUUAACAUCAAGCUUUAAGCCAGGACUUCUACAUGUGACUGUUAGUGUCUGUUGCACCACUGUUUAUGUGACUAUAAUCUUAAAACUACGAAGCACACAUUUUCUUAGCGUUCAGCAGUUUAUCCAUUGUUUGUAAGAUUUUGUUGUGUUUAAGAUUAAACUAUUGAUUUGUAAUU